UGGAAACCGACAUGACUUAGACUGAAAAAGUCAAAAGCGUGUGUCAGGCACAGGAAGGUGAUCCUUACCUAUUCGAUAUACAAAUGAUCAUGAAACAGAUACAGGAAUAUGAGGCCCAGACCUAAAAAAAGUUGUAGUGCCACUGAUUUUAUAAGUCGGAGGGCCUGGGUCUAUUUUCUAUAGAAAUAGGAUACCAAAGGCGACGUGCCUUUGGUAUUAGAGGGAAAUGCACUCAAUUAUACACAAUAAUCAACAUCGACUAUACUCGUAAUUUAUGAACUCGACACUUUAAACUUUAAAGGUAGGUAGUAAAGGAAAACAAACAAAAUAACAAUGGUUUAAAACAUUGCUUAUCAGCGAUGUUGUGCAAGAAACCUCUAGAAAUUAGUGUAUUUUGAAAUGAAGCUGAGAAAUGGCUGUACAGAGUGUAUUUUUAGCUUAUUUUCUAAUUUUUCUUAAAGAUUGGACCAUAUGUGCAUCUACAACAGCAAAAUCUGAGUUAGAAUGCGAAUUUCCCCCAAAAAUGGAAGAGGAUUUGACCCACGUUCGGCGCAAGCGACUUACAACUGAGAUGGGGCUAGUUUGUCUCGAAGACUAUCCUUACACUGUAUCAAUAAGAUUACAUGGAAAGCAUUGGUGCGGAGGAGCGAUUGUCGGUAAUCAAUGGGUAUUAACGGCAGCACAGUGCUUUGAUUAUGUGUCUAAAGAGGAAGUGACUGUACGUAUGGGUUCAGUAUUUCGUGACUUCGGCGGGAAAAUUCUUUCCGUUAUUGACAUUAGACGACACCCUGAAUACAGGACGGAUCAAUAUUAUCCUGAACACAAUUUAGCUAUGAUUAAGCUUAACAUACCUGUCACGGUCGGUAGCCGAGUUCAGAUUGUGUCAGUUGCCACUCCUGGAGCUGAACUUCCCUCUGUCUUCGGAGAAACCAUAAUCACUGGAUAUGGAAGCGUGGUAACAGGUCAAAUCCGUGAAGGGCAGAAUCAAGAACUUCGUCGUAUGAUAGUAAAAGAGAUGCCUCGACCAGAUUGCAGGCGUAUUUACGGAAACGAAUAUCGACUACAGCAUGACCACAUGUGUCUUCAAAGCGUGAUGAGAGGUGUCGCGUUGUGUGCGGGUGAUACGGGGGACCCAGCAGUCCAUUUUAGUGGCGUGAACCGAGCGGGGACGUUGUAUGGCAUUGCUCUCUUCUCUGGCACAGAAGAAUGUGCCCAUAAGCAGAAACCUGGUGUUUAUGCUAAGGUCUCUUAUAGCAAAGGAUGGAUUAGCAACGUAUUGAACAACCAGGAUGUUAACGAAAGCGUGGACAGUGGAGAUAAUGCAAUACCAUUAGAUAUAUAAUUACUUUUAAAUUUUAAUAAACUAUGCGAAAUGAU